AUGCCACGUAAGCUACGUAAGAAUAUACGUAAGAGGAAGAGAGCAUUGAAACAUCCAAUAGUAAAACUGACACCACAACAACAGUUGCAACAACAAAUUAUGAAUGACCCCACUAUGUUGCAACAAAUGUCAAGCAACCCUAUGCUUUUAAACCGAGUUAUUGGUGCACAGAGUGGAGGUUUAAGAGCGGCACUUUUAGCGAAAAUGGCAGGCUAUGGUGGAGCUGCAGACGGAACAGCCUAUAACCCUCAAAGUCAAAUGAAUUUGAGUUCACUCAAAAAUCAAAUAACAGAUGUCAAAAAGUCAAACAUAGACAUACAGAAACAAAUAAGUGAAAACGAAAAGAAACUAGAAUAUGACAGACACACAAAGAAACUCAAUGAGUUAAACGUAGAGAAAAAGAAGAAAGAAGAACAACUGAAAGAACUAAGUACAGAGGAAUAUGCGAAAAAAGUGUCAGAAAAAGCAGCAGAAGUAGCAAAAAUGGAACAAGAUGUUAUAAAUUUGAAAAACCAUACUACUCAAUAUAAAGUACUGAAAGAUGAAGAGAUAAAACAAAAAGCCCUGAAGACAUAUA